AUGCCAAACUUAGGAACAGCAGCUGGCAAUUUCAUGCUAUGCAUUGCGGUACUGCUAGCUGGAGGCUCUGCUACGAAAGUCUUCCGGAUUUUCUCACACAUGGGUCUUAGCUGUGUAUCCCUCAACACCCUUUUUAAAUUCCAAAGGGUAAGCCUAUUUCAGUGCUGGUCACGAGUUCCAGUUAGUUGCAGGCAAUGAUAUAAAUGAAUAUUUUGGUACAGCUUAACUAAAGUGCAAAUUAGUUCCACACUACAGAUGUAAAUAAUAUUAUUAAAGUGAUUAAUUCAAAUUAAAAAAAAAAAUAACAGAUACCAUGCUGUAGGUAAAUGAUAACGUAAUGUAUUGUUAUUGUUCUAUUUAAAAACAUAUUGAGCAAAAAGCUGCUGCAUGCUUUACAAAGCUGUAUGUACAUAAACUAAUCUUAUUAUUAUUUACUAAUAUUAUUUUUUUAUUUGCAAUCUUUUUUUCAGAGCAAGCUCUUUCCAACAAUUUUACUUUAUUGGGUAAAAUAUCAAGCGAAAUUGUUGGAAAAGGUGAAAGCUAUCCAAGGGGGCAUUGUGUUGGCGAGAGAUGGAAGACACGACAGCGUGGGACAUAGUGCCAAGUUUGGCGCUUACACUAUGUUUUGUUGUACUCUGCCAAUGAUAAUCCACUUUGCCCUUAUUCAGGUUUAUUCUUCAAAUGUUAGUGAAUUUUACAGCCAGUGUUAGCUUUAUUUUACGUCACCACUACUGAUAGGGUUAUAUAAGUACAUACAGUUAAGGGGUUAAGGACGGUGCCCACUAUUGUUACUGCGCACAUUUCCUGCGCAUGGCAAGGUAGUCGCGCGCGACGCGAAAGAAAUGCGCAACACGCAGGACAUGCGAACUGGUUUUGUCUCCUGUAAGUCUGGAAGGUUCUAGUUAUUUCUUGUGGAAGAGAUGCGUCGUUUUUCAACAGAUCAAAAAUAUUUCUAUUUAGCUCGGUGAGUUCUUUGAAAACCGAAGAAGUAUGCGCAUGUUGCUAUUUCUGCCGUAUGAUCGAUCUGACCGAACAUUUUAUAGUCAAACGAAAGUCAAUUAAAAAAUAUCAAAAGUUAUUGCUUCGAGAUGUUACACUUGGAGCUUGGGUAUUAAAAAAUCUCUUAAUAGGCAAGGAUCAGUAAAUCAGAGGGAAAAUAGCUCUAAGUCCCCCGCUUAAUCGAGAAACUGCAAGCUUACCUUUUACUCGCGUCCUUCACGUUUUAUCAGCUAAUCGGCUAUAAACACUUGCCUGAAUAUUUCUUUAAUUUUGUAAGAUUUUAUGUAAUUAUUCACCAGACGAUAGAUUUAAAGCGUUCGAGUACAUACAGAUGUCCCUUUUAUUGAGAGUACGAGGGUUUUAGUUGCUGAACAAACAAAAAAGCUAUCACAAGAUUGUUUAGAUUGCUGAAAUCGCAGCCUCACAAAUAGUUGUGGACCGCAAAGGAAACGCUUUCAUCGUGGAAAAAAUCGUAAAAAAUUGUUAUGCUUUUUACUAUUAGCAUUAUUAUUUAAGCAUUUUGGCAUUACUAAGCAUUGAACUUAUUAACUCGUUGGGCAGCUUGUCGUGUAGAUAGUAUUUCUUAAGGUUCAAUUCCACGCCACACAUAAUCUGGACUUUUAGACAUAGCUGCCAUUUGGCUGUUUACAAAAUAAAGAUGGAAGGUAAAACAAAGUAUUUCCAUUCUUAGACUUUCUUAGGUUUAGCAGACACUGUUAAGUCGAAAAUUAACAUUUAGGAACGACAAAUAGUGAAUGAUCAUGACACAGAAUGCUACAGUAAAAAAAUCAAAACGAAAUAUAUAAAAUGAUCAUUAUAGCCCACUUUAUAUAUGAGGGUAGAUAAACGCAUUCGGUACAACUACUUUCGCAGUAUUCUUUUUUUUUUUAAAGAGAGCUCAUGUAUGGAACUUGAGUCUAUGCAAAUCAUUUAUGUCAUAUGAAACUUAAGGCAAAACCCGAAAGAGAUAGCGCAAAGUAGAGAUAUAAGCUCAUUGAAUGUGUGCAAGUCAAAUAACAUACAUAUUCGAUCGAGAUACCUGGUAAAAUGAUAAAAAACGAUGGAAGGUUUACAAUCCAUAUUACAUCUACCGUUCAAAAAAUCUUGAGGACAUGUACAGGUAAGCAAACGAUUGAAGGAGUAUCUGUCUAAGAGUCCCUGUCGACUAUAUUCCACUACAGUACAGCAGUUUGUUUACAUCACCAGCCUUGGAUCUUGAGCUCGCCAUACUACUCUAUGUGCGCUGGAAGUAAUCUUUAAUACCUUGGAGAUUUCUCUUCUCCAAAGAUGUUUGUUAAAUUUUUGAGACGGAGAAACUCCAGUUGAAUGAAAUAAUAUAAUUUGUACUGAGUCCAUGGAAUGUCCUGUUUCACUUUCUUUUUUUGCUCUCCUCCGUGGGUUGUUGUUCUCUCUGACUGUUAGCCAUUGUGGAUAUCCCAGAAUACUCCGCGAAUAAUGAAUAUAAACUACCAGUAAAUGUACAAUUUAAACUUACUGAUUGUGAUGUUUGCUUCCCUAAUUUUUUGGUGUACAUGUAGAAAUAAGAAAGGUCCUGAGCAAACUGUCUAAAGAGAAAGUUUGUGAGAUUUUGGCUGACUGGAUAAAGCUGUGCGAGAACCAUUUGUACUGGAGUGCGACCACUACCUUCAGCAGCCAUGGGAAAGUGAUUUGGGCAAAGUAUAAGACUUCCUUAAGUCACAUUAUUAACAAGCACUCUUCCCUUGACGAUCCCCUUUUCAACAAGUGUGGACAUGGACAAAUACACCCAAGAAAAUGGCUUCAUGCUGGUAUGUUUCAUAUCAGAAAUAUUAGUCUUAUGAAAAGGGAAAUACUUUCUCCAUUUGCCUAAGAUUGUGCUUGCUUAUGCAGUAGUUGUAUCUAAAACAGCAUAGCAGAUAUCCCGGCCUGGUCGCCCUUUUCAUCUGGGCCAGGUUGUUCAAAGCAGGGUUAUGAUAACCCAGGGUUAAUGUGAAAUUUGAAAUUUGAAAUUUGAAUUGAGAUAUGAAAGCGUAAAAAGCAAAGUAAGUUUAUCUCUUUCUACAACUUGAUAAUUGGAUGUACAGAGAAACCCUGAUUAAUAAAUGACUCUGCCCUGCCCCACCUUCAAACAACUGGACCCUGUAGAAUGAAAUGUUGUGUUUGCCUUUCUUGUUUCCUGCUUUUAGGUUCUGUUGCCUAUGAAAAGCUUUACACUGCUUUGACAAAAAAUAGCCUUGUAAAGGGAAUAAAACAGGCAUCACCUUUUGCCCAAACUAGCUGCCUGGAAGGAUUCCAUUCACUUCUAAACCAAUUUGCUCCAAAGAUGAUAGCAUAUUCUUAUGUUGGAAGGUAUUGAAGGUAAGAAUAAUCUCCAGCUCCGCUGAUUUUGCUAAACAAAGAACUUAAUAGGUUUCUUUUGCUUCCUGUUUUAACAAAAAAAAAGGCCAACGCAUUUUUUGCAUACUUUUUUUCUUGCAAAAUAAGCUAAAACUGGCCAAAAAAUGCAAGGCAAGGUUUUUUUUUUCUUGUGGAAUCAGAGGCCACAUGGAAAAAUUUUAGCUGAUUUGGAAGAAAAAACACCCGAAACGUUUGCUCACAAAGUGUUAUUCCAAGCUCUUCAUUAUUAAAUGAUAUUAUAUUUUUGUAGUUUAAUCUGUAUAACCCCUUUAUUGAAAAUAUUGCCUUGUUUUUAUUUUCAGGCGUAUUCUUGCAGGAGUUCAUUUCAAUUUCAAUUUCAACGAGCACAGGGAAGUUAAAUGCAGAGAAAGUGACGGAACUGAACAGUGGAGAGUGUCAUACCCUAAGUUCAAAAAUGGGGAAGCAACAGUGCGCGAUGUUAAAAUUACCCCAAACUUUGGUAAGUGUCAUCGAGACACUGAAAUUUAUAAUCUUGGGUAACAUUUCAUGUUUUAAUUUUGCUUAUGAGUUUAUGAUAUUUCAAAGUAUAAAUAACUAAGUUAAUGAGGUGGAGCACAGUACAUGUAAAUUCAGUAUUUUGGCAUUAGUUGUCUUUGACAAAAUAAUGUGAGGUGUAAAACAAAAUAUUGCUUGCAAUUUGCUGUAUAAAAAUCAACCGGUAUUGUCGGUUCUACCUAUUACUAACCACCCUUAAAAGGUAAGGCAAGCAAAACUAUUUACAUUUGACUUCUCUUACAGAAUAUGUAGAGGAACUGUUUCAGACAUGCUUAAGUUCAAGCAAAGAUGAAUUCCAGCAGGCGGCUAGGAAGCUUAGAAACAUGACCCCAGCACCAAUUAACACAAUGUUGCAGAAGCAACCAAGAGAAGAAGCUAUUGCGAAGACAAUCAAGAGAUCCAAAAUGGUUGAGACUGAUUUCCCCACAACCUCAACACUAGGUAGCUAGUUACUUACUGUAACUAGUGAUCAGUAAAAUGGAGAUGCAUUUCAUUUAUUUAAACUGUGGAAUGACCAGGACUUAAAGAAAUGCAGAGAAGGAAGCCUGAAAAAAAUUGGAUUUCAUAUUCAGCUUCCCGUUAGAUUAGAGUGCUGCACUGGUAUCACAGAGAUCAGGGUUGGAAUCCCAGCAAGCAUGAAUUUUUUCGGGCUUUCCUUUCACAACUGCAUAAGUUGUGUAUUUGACUGUAGUGAUCUUUUCUGUUUAUAAUAUAUUAUGUAGAUUAUUUUCUAUAAAGAUUGGAGAAAGGGAUGAUUUUUAUGGAAAAAGGAGUAAGGAUUUUUAUCCUCACAACCUUUUCUAUCAACUUUAGAGGAGCUGCUGAAUUGUACUGUAUUCAAUUCACUUUUCUUCCUAGUUCCUGAUGAAUCAGUCGCAAGCACGAGUUCAAAUACAAGAAAAAGGAAAAAAUAAAAACAGAAAGAGAAGAGA